AUGGCAGAAGAUACACGUGCUCCGGUCGCCUCAACAUCUGGCACAUCCGAGACUUCUAAAACAGCUGAGCCACUAAUCGAUGGUCCUGAGACUAGCAAGCAUCCUGAGUCAGAUGAGCCUAUUUGUGAAGUAGUGUAUACGCCUUCUAAAGAAACAAAUGUCAAGCGCGAUUCUUCUAAGCCUAUCAAUGAAGUAUCGUCUGCCAUACUUUUGGCCAGAGCUCAGCGAGAUGAGCGUCUCAGAAAAAGGGCAGUCGAACUUGGUGAGGAUCCAGAUGUCUUCGUAACCAUUACCGAAAAAGACAGGCUCGAUUCCAUUACAUUUCGGGAUAGGAUGGAAACUGAUUCACGAAUGUGUGGUUGGGCAGAAGAGUUAGAAGAAGAUCCCAAAGAAUAUAUGGACAUGAAAGUACGGGAAAGAUUAAUAGGAGAAGAAAUUAUCCGUCGUGGGCUCGAGGAUGAUGGAGUUACAUCCUCCUGGCUUGAUACUGACGAGAAAUGGAAAAAAACAGUAAGCAUACUCCAGGAGAAUGGUAUGCUUUGGUAA